AUGAACACACCGAAUCAUCCUGUGCAGACCGAGAAGAAUCAUGCUACGAAGGCAGAGAAGACUCUGAAGAAGCACACCGCAGGUAAACUCAUGCCAUAUUCGACGGAGCUACAACGGCAGAAGAGAGCUGAACUCCGGGAGCUUCGAGUACAAGCAGAAGAACUGGAGGACCAACUCGCCGAGUUGCAGAUAAUACGCCAGGUACACGUGAACAACGUGUCGUUAGGAAGUCAUGGACAAAACACGGUUUACUGGCGGAGCAUGGCUGUCGUUGCCUGUGAGCAGCGAAAACCGCAGAGCUGGGACUUUCUGUUCAAGAGACUGAAGAGUUACUGUGGAAGUCCGUCCACCACUACGACUCGCAAGAACACUGUCAACGCCGUCGGAUACUACGGAAGCGUGAUCCGAGAAUUCUACAAGCUGGAAGCCACUGCCGUCACACAGGCCAAAACGCAAGUACAGAAGACGAUACUCGACUUGGUUGGUAACCGCAUGAGAAUCAUCACUCAGUUCAUGCAAGAAACGCCAUAA